AUGUGGAGCUCGAAGAAACAGAAGACUGUAUCCAGAUCAACUACAGAAGCUGAAUAUGGGAGUUUGGUAGAUGUGGCUUCUGAUAUUACAUGGUUGAAUGCGCUGCUGAAUGAUAUGGGGGUUGAAGUGCAGUCUACACCAAUUGUCUGGAGUGACAACUCGAAGAAAGUAGCAGACUGGUUGAAAGUUAAAUACGUACUUGCUGAACAUCAUGUUGCUGAUGGAAAGCAUCUCGAGGUCCUUGGUUACUACAACCCUUUGCCAGAACAAGAUGGAGGUAAACGAAUGGGUCUUAACUUUGAAAGAGUGAAGUACUGGUUAUCAGUUGUGGCGCAGCCUUCAGAGCCAGUCCAACGCAUUCUUUUCAGAGCUGGGUUAUUGCCCCCGCCUCCUAUGGCGGCAAUGGGAUGCAAGGGCGGACCACGUGACUUGCACCCCGUUGAUCCUAUGACAGGAUGUGUUUUGAAUUUGGAGAAGCCAGAUGUUGAAGAUGGGGAUCGUAUUGAAACUGCUAGCUCUAGUACUUGA